UGCUGCUAUUGACAAGCGACGGGGCGCGCUGGAAGUGUAACUGCGCGCAGGAGGGUUGGGGGAACCCUCCUCUCUUGCUGCAGACUCCCUCCCUUCUGCUUGCUCCAUCCCUUCAGCCACCCCAUCCCUCCUCGCAUGUUGCCGCCGCCGCCGCCAUGGCCUGGCCCUGCAUCACUCGCGUCUGCUGCCUGGCGCGCUUCUGGAACCAGCUGGACAAGUCGGAUCUGGCGGUACCUCUCACCAUCCACAACUACUCGGACAUAGAGGAGCCGGCAGAGGAGGGGGCGGACGCGGGCGGUGGGGCCGCCCCGCAGCAGCAGCCGCCGCGGGUCCCAACAGGUGGUGGCCGCCCCCACGGCCGUUCCCGCACGGGCUCUGCCCUGCCCGCGUCGGCGUCCGCCCCGUCGCUGCAGGAGAGCCUGGCGAGCGUCAAGAGGCCGUCGAAAAAAGGGAGAGGCGGCGGCCGCCGGAACGAGCCCUUCGCGGCAGAGACCCAGUACCGGCAGGAUUUCCGAGCGUGGCCGCUGCAAAAGCGGGACACCCUGCCGUGCCUCGGGGAGAGCAGGAGGGAGGAACCCCUCGGGACACCCCCCGCUGGCGCCACUUCCCACGCCGGGGUCCACGGAGGGUCCCACGUGUACGUGCUGCCGACAGCUGAGGUAGGCAGAAAGUACAGCGGCUUUGAGCAGAUGUGGUCCUCCGCCUCGCCGCCAGGUGUCUCCAAGACCACCUCCUACAGGCAAGAGUAUCGCCCGUGGACUGGCGUAAAACGAUCUAAGGCCUCAAAGACAAAACAAGGGUUCAUUAUCCCAGAGGAUCAUUUUGUGCGAGAAACUAGCUACAAGGCAGACUUUAAGAUACCUGAAGUGAAGGCUAAGUUUUCUCCCAACCCUUCUGCAGUUUUCCAGGCUCCAUCUCAUAUUCUCAAUGUAUGAAUCUGGAUCUCACAGGUUCCUUGUCCAGGCAGCUUGAAUGUUAAAGUUGUAAAAAAUGUACAGCUAUGCAACUUUCAUGAGUGGUUUUGAGAUAAGAGGAAGAAUAAUUCAGAAUGUCUACAGUAAUUAUCAGAAUGUAUGCAUCUGUUAUGAAAAUGUAACUCAUAUAAGCACUUGAGUUGGAGACAGCAUAAUAUACCAUGGAGAAAUAGAAAUAGGCUCAUUAUUGAUAGCCUGACAUCGAGUUUAAGGCACUGAAUCUGGGUGGCAACAAUUACAUUUGAGACAGUGUGCAUCAGUUUAAAUGCACUUGUGGGGUCAAGGUUCAUAGUGAAACCCAAACCUCAUAUUAUUUUAUGACUGUAUUGAGAAAGGGUCAGUACUAAAGACUCUGAAUGGCUUUUGAACUUUUUCUUUUACCUCUGGGAAACCAUCUCAGAAAUUCUCUCCUGUUGUUGCAGGAACUAUGGUGUCUCAAGGUCAGUAGCAUGACCCUUUACCAAUUUGUUGUAGAUCAUUGUUUGUUCUUCUUGCAAAUGCUGAAUGGGUUUUGAGGACAUCUGGAAAAAGUAGAAGCAAACCCCUGUCUUUCCAAGACUGGUCUGGGCUAGAUACUUUAUGUGCUUUCUCUUUUAUCCUGACUUAGCUCGAUCUAUAAUGUCCUUUGGUAGGGGAUGUAGCUCAUGUCAGAUUCUUUUUCUGUUGGAGAAAAGUAUUCUCAGUACACCUAGCCUCCAUACAGUUCUGCAUCAUUACCCGCCAAAGGCCAAAACCCUUGUUGAGUCAUUUGUAUUUGAAGGCUAGAUAGAAAUUCCCUUUAUGUUAACAACUAUUCCCUCACCCUGCCUCCGCUGUUGAAACAUUUCUGCCACACCAGAAUACCCCUAGCAAGAAAGACCUAGUUGUGAUUUUGGAUAUGAAAAAUCUUGGCUUCAUCCAGAAAGAAGUAUCUUGUCAUAAUUAACAGCCUCCUAAUUGAAUAAGGGGAGUGCUGGCAUCGUGUAGAGGUUAAGAGUGCUGGACUAGUAUCUGGAAGACCCAGGUUCAAAUCUCCACUUGUGCCAUGGAAGCUCAUUGGGUGACAUUGGGCCAGUCACACUUUGUCAGCCUAACCUAACUCACAGAGUUAUUGUGAGGAUAAAAUGGAGGAAGGGAGAUGGGGUGAUCAUAUAUUUUGUAUCACUGAGCCCUGCACAGUCUUACAUUAAACUAUUUCAAUAAAAUGAGGAUUCCAAUCAUACAAAUGCAACUAAAAGCACAAUAUAGAGUAAUUCGAUUGCAGCGGCAAUAAAUCUUUCCUAACUUAAAUGACUGACACUCACAUGACUCUGGGAGGUUUGAUGUAACACUAACAAGUCUACAAAAAGAGGUUCUGCUUUUAAUAUUGAUUGUGUGUCUGAGUGGGGUCAUUACAUUUUGAGGAAAAAACCCACAACAGGAGCAACAUAAAAGAAACUGCAGUAUUCCUGACAAAACACUAACAUUUAUUGGGAAAUGGUAGCACUCAUUGUUUUAAUUCAGAUAAUUUCAACAGACCACCAUAAAGCAAUGACUAACUUAAAUUGUGACGGUGCAAUUUAAUGUGAAUGUAAAUACUGUAUAUAAAGAUGAGUGAUGGCUUUUUCAUUUUAAAAGGUAUGCUUACUAUUUUAUUUAGUCCUUUGAGUAUGCAAGGUAGAAAAGCUAUUGCCUUGAAAUUCUUACGGUUAUUGCUCGUACAUCAGUAAUGCCAAUAUUAGAGAAAUGAAUGUUGCAUACAGAAAUAAUUUUAAGUUACGUUAUUUUAUCAGUGAUUUUUGUAUAGUGUCAGCACAGUUAACUUUUGCCUAGCCUCUUUGGGAAACCAUUUCUUAGUGAUAGUUCAGUUUCUCAUAGAUUGUUUGUACAUUUUUAUAUGAAGGGUUUCCAAAACAUGAGUUGCCAAUUUAUCAUUUGUUUUCAUUCAGGUUGCUCUGAUUUCAGAGACUCCAAUGUACACAUAUGGACUCUCUGAUAUGCAUUUGGGGCUUCUGCUGCUCGUACAUAGGUUUCACAGGACUGUAGAACCAGGGUGAAUCCAUAGGUGGCAAGAGCUCUGAGUAUGCCUUGGAGACCCAGAGAGCUCUGAGCUGGAGCUCUCCAAUCUUACACUGGCCCCUUAGAAUAAAGAACAUAUUGCUCACAGUGGACUGUCAAUCUUUCAUUCUUAAAUAGUGAGAUAUUCAUUGAACAAGAACUUAUAAUUGUUAGGUAUAACUGAAAAAAAUUGGGCAUAUCCAAAUGUGUGCAUAUAUUGUAUACUUUUCAGUGAGCUUUAGAUGUGCCAAACAUGAUUGAAUCCGUGAGCCAAGAUUCAAAGAGCUGCUUUAGAUAUGCCCAAAGGCCAGAGGUGUAGCAAGGGGGGAAAGCGCCCGGUGCACUGGUGCAUCCUCCUCUCCUGUCCUGCCCUGGAAUGCCCCUGUCCUGCCCUGGAACGCCCCUGCCCGGAAUGCCCUAGCCACACCCCCACAGGGGCAUGUGCCUGGUGUGUCGCACCCCUCGGCCCCCUUGGAGCUAUGAUUCUGCCAAAGGCUCAGGCAUAUUCAACUGGAUUUGUUGUGAAUUAUUUUUCACUGAACACUAGACCUUCAUGCCGUUUUAUACACUACUUUGCAAAGUCUCCUGUUUUAAAAGCAGUUUUCCUGUUAGCAUGAGAGUUGAGGUCAGUCUCCUUUUGGAGUCUUUACACCCUUAGGAUGUUGUUCUUGGCACCAUAUUCUUUUUAAUGGGGUGAAUGACAACACUGUUUCUUUCACGUUUCAUAGUGGGACCAUUUUCCUUUGGGGUGGGGGAAGAAAUUAUUCUUUCCCCAGGAACUUGAUUAAAACGUUCUUAUUUGCAUGUUGAAUGUUUCCGAGUAAACGAACGGGUUAGUAUUGCUUGAUUGAUCUAUUUCUGAUGUCUUUAAAUGACUUUUAAUUAGUUCAGUUACAUGCAGUCUGGAAUUUUACUAAACAAAUUACCUUCCACAGUUCUUAUUUGGUUUAAGUUAACUUGUUUUUUAAAAAAGGUGAAAGCUACACAGUUAUACAUAAAGUUUGUAUUUUAUGGAGUAAAAUACUUUAAUAAAAUUAUUUUGGCUACAGGUUGUCUCUCUGUCACUAG